GACCUUCCCCGCUCCCGGUCACACCAGUACCAUGAUACCUAAGCAAAUAUCCACAUGUCACACCCUAAAAUCUGACUGCUCAUCUUAGUGCAGUCACUGCGGCCGCAUCUUAUUAUACUGUGUGGUUCAGAGCUCCAGUAUUAUAAGCCUAAGUUACUCCCAGGGACACGGCUACAAUACGGCGCUUUAGUCGAACGGCACCGUAACUUUCCCCCAAAGUAAACUCUCACUGUCGGCAUCAUGAAUAGUCACCACCGGUUCAAACCGUUGUGGGGAGAAGACAAAGACAGUUUCUCACCAUCUCAGGGUUUUUGCGCAGAUAUACAACUUUUCUUGUCGCAUGCUCAGCCUGCAGGUCCAGAGCUUUCCGUAUAAAUAAUGUGUAGAGUUAUAAUUCUCGUAAUCCAACUUCCUUUCAUUGAUAGAAUGUACUUCUCUGUCUUUGCUUCGCUUCUAUUCUCAGGAGCUGCGACCAUUGCGCACGCUGAACAAGCCAAGCGUGACGCAAGUCAGCCCUACUUCGAUAUCUAUCAAGGUCCAAAUGUGCAAGAUUCGAUCGUCAAUGAUCCUUCUACUCAACUCGACUACACCCUAUCUGGUGGAGAAGCAUAUCCCAAUCCGUACAUGGCCGACAGACUAGGAACGACUGGACCUAUUCUGAUUUCAUCUACUAGCCUGAUCGAACAACUGGCUCACUUUGUCCGAGAGAGAGUGCCUGAGCGCACCAUCCAUGCAAAAGGCGCAGGUGCCCAUGGUUGGUUUGAAGUAACCACACCCGUGGCAGCGAACUACUCGAUGGCGACACUCUUUUCGGAGGUUGGCAAGCGUACCCCACUUACUGCCCGGUUUUCUACAAUUGCCGGUAAUUUGGGCAAUUCGGAUACUGUUCGAGACUUGCGAGGGCUCGCGUUUAAGAUGCGCACAGAAGACGGAAUCUUGGACUGGGUAUUCUUAAACCACCCUGUUUUCUGGCUUCGCGAUCCGGCAAAAUUCCCUCACUUCAUCCAUUCUCAGAAACGCAAUCCUCAGACAAACCUUAUGGAUUACAAUAAUUUCUGGGAUUACCUUUCCGCGAAUAAUGAAUCAAUGUACCAGGUCAUGCGCACCAUGUCUGACCUCGGGACCCCUUACGGCUACAGGCAUAUGAGUGGCUGGAGUGGUAACACGUUCCGCGCUGUGAAGGGAAAUGACUCAUGGGUCUAUAUCAAGACCACUGUAAUGACGGAUCAAGGUAUCAGGAAUAACACUAAUGACGAGGCCAUCGCGCUCGCUGGCGUGAACCCUGACUUUGGCACUCAAGAUCUUUAUGACGCCAUUGCAGCUGGAGAUUACCCAAGCUGGACAGUCUACUGGCAAACCAUGACGGCUGAGCAAGCCGAGAAUUAUAAAUACAACGUCCUAGACCUUACCAAGGAAUGGCUCCCAGAAGAUGUACCUCUGCAGGAAAUUGGUCGGAUUACCCUUGUGCAGAACCCGACUAAUUAUUUCGCCGAGAUCGAACAAAUUGGCUUUGACCCUGCCAAUAUGCCUUAUGGUCUCGAGCCUAGCGCAGAUCCCACACUGCAAGCACGAUUGUUCGCUUACGGUGAUGCCCAGCGAUACCGCACUGGAAUCAACAGCAAACAACUUCCUGUCAAUGCCCCUCUCAAUCCCGUCGCAAAUUUCUUGCGUGACGGUGCCAUGAGCUUCAACAACCAGGGAAAGCGCCCGAACUUUUGGUCGCAGCAAGAUAUGCUUGGGCUUGCUCCUCGGCCAUAUAAUGAUGACAAUCACACCAUUUGGACUGGCGGCGCCGUCAAGUACCUCAGCACACCCAGCGAGAUAGAUUUCGAUCUUCCCAGGAUCUUCUGGAAUGGUCUAUCUGAACGUGAUCAAAACAACUUGAUCUCCAAUGUUAUCUUCCAUCUCGGUCAGGCUAGUGACAUGGCUAUCCGCACCAAGCAGUGCCAGCUCUUUCAGCAUGUGAAUGAGACCUUAGGUCAAGCCAUUGCGAAGGGAGUAAAUGUCACGCUUUAGACCCAAAAUAAUGGGUAUUUGCGUCUUUGCAACUACUUCCACAUUGAUGGACCAGAUUUCAUUUUUUCGUCUUACUGCUUCUCUUUACUUGUGGAGCUGAAAAGACAACAGAGUCCCACCAUUUACGAUACUAUUCAGGUGGAAGGGUAGGAUACUCUCACUGGGCAUGAUGGUAAAGGAUUUGGAAGUUCGCUACUUUUGACAACCUCCCUCAGCUCGCGACUGUCACAUCUUUUGAUACAUUGUACAGCUUUGUAGUUAUAUAAAACAACAGUUAAUUUAUGAACGUGCAGCAACGCAGCAUGAUAUG